AGAACAGCAGUGUCUCAGCCUACGGAGAGUCGUUUACGAUGCCGGAGUCUGAUAAACACGCAACUGUCGAAGAUGACGGCAACCAAUAUAUGUCUUGUAAGGGGAUCCUCGCGUACGCCGGGCAGCAGAGGGCGGUGGGCCAAGAGCCACAGUGUCUAGGCUUCAAGACGGCCUUGCCGCCGAACAUCAUAAUCACAGAGGAAGAUGUCGUACCGCCGCCUCCGGAGGACGCCAAGUUCUUCUUCAUCGGGGUCGGCGUGUCGGUCUACAACAAAGAGAUGCUCUCCAAUAACCGGCUCCCACUCGUGAACGGCUUCAGCCAGCUGGUGGUCUCAAAGGAGGAAGAAAGGGACAAAACGGACGCGCUUCAUAACGGCAGAAUAGGCGAGUACGAAGCGGCUGCCGCCGCCCGCCACCACGGCCGCGGAAACCGUCAGCCGCAGCCGCACACUGCGGCCGAAGCCUCGGCGCAGGGUGGGCGGCAGGGUGCAGCCGUACCGACAACGUUGAGCCAGCGUAGCGGGGUUGCCGGGGACGGUGUAGAAGAGAGGUCUUCCUCCACCACCGGCCGCAAGCAGGUGGAGGCGUUGAUGUCGUACGCGGUCGGGAGGAUACGGAAGCAGGUGGAGAUCACCAUGCAGGUGACGGACGAGCUGAAGAAGCUCACGCCGGGGAAGCUUCGGGAGGCGACCGUGGUGCAAGCGAACAAGGUGCAGGAGAUGCCCACGCUGUUGCUGGACACCUCGAAGAGGAUGGUUGACUCGGGGACCAAGUUCGUGCGGAAUUACCUCGAGGAGCAAGAGAGGAAGUGACGGGCGGUUCCCCUCUUCGAUGUUUGGGUUUUCCGACAGCAGAUGUGUGCGAGUUCGGAAUUUUGGCGGGCACUCGCGGUACAGCAGGGUUGCUGCAGCAGUGUUGUUCGUCUGUUUCACGGUAAUCGCACUUCGUACGUGUCGUGAUGUGUCUGGUUGAUUGUACAUACAUGUGCUUGAGCGACGUUUUCAGUAACAUAUUUCCGAUAGGUGUAGACAUAACCAACCCUCGUACGGAGGAAUUUUAUGUGCAUUGAAUUAAUACCAUCGACCGCACUAUCCGGCUGACCAAGGACAAAACGCGGGUCGGGUUGCGUUACGUGUGUGUGUUGGCGCCCUCUUCGCCCCCUCCUCCCUGGACCAUUUGCAAGGUGCCGACUUGUUGUGGUGGAGUGUUCUUUCAAGAAAUGACAAACACAUGACAAACGCGAGACGUGACUCGAGGGAGUGUGUUCUUUUGUUGCAGAUACAUGUUCAGGGAUGCCGUCCGCAACCUUUCAGGGGAGGACACCCAUGCCCUGGUGCGUAGUG